GAUAGCAAAAAGGGCAGAAAGGCUGCAGCAGCCAAGAACAGGGGAUGUAAUACGAAGGAAUCGAGUCACCUUUGAUUUCACACAAUUCAAAGUAACGGGAACCAUGCAUGCCCGUGUAUGGGUCAUAAGGAAAGGACCUUCUUUCCCAGCACUAGAAAGCCCCUUGCAGCCAUGGCAUCGAGCAGUCUGCACGCCCCCUUGCAGCCACAGCCUUUGCUUGGCCUAAUGCGCAGCCCGUGCGUCGAGAAACCUCGGCAUGUGGUCCGCUCCGUGCGCGUCUUCUUCUUCGUCUCUGACCAAAUUGAGGCAUCCUACGAUGCGGUCAUGGUUGCAGCAGUAGGCACCACGAAGCAGAGAAUGGUUAUCAUGCCCACCCCACUCUGCAACCUUUCAAGCGCUGCCUCGCGGAGACGCUCCCCACAUCGUCUCCGGGCACCAAGCAUUCUUGACGGCGCCACCGGUGGGGGGACUCUGCUCCAGCAGCUUGGGGCGUGGAUUGGUGGUGCGCGGGAGGCGGCCGCCGGCGGCACAGCUGGUCAGGUGAGUGAAAAGGGGCUCUCCUGGGAUGCCUUGCUAGCGACAGUCGACGGCGCGCCGGAGUUGAAGCGAAGGUCUGCGGCGGUGGGGCGGCUCACCAGCUGCCAUGUUGCUUGCCAAGCUCCUGCAAAUUUUCAGAAAACCCCCUGGAUUGAUUUGGCCCCUGUUCUUGCCCGUCCGCCGCCAGCAUUCUCCCCGCAGUCCGCCACUGCCAGCCAGAAGCGCCAAGUCCUAGCACCAGCAACCUCUCGCUCAUCUCCUCCCGCAGGAGCGAGUGGCACCACGCCGCGCCGAGAUAGCGACGGCAUUGGCGUCAAGCCGCCGGCGUACGGGGAGUUCGCUUCUUUCUGUUUCAGGUUCUGGACAUUCCUUCGUGUCUUGUAAUCUGCUGCUCAAACACGCACGUGAG